GAUUGCUUACAGUGUAUUCUCUCAUCAUUUUGCUUUUUUCGCACUACCUAAUGUUAUUGUAAAAAAUAAAUAAUAGCAAAAAAUGGCAUCGCAAAACACACGUAUCAAGGUCGGGGUCGUGGGCUUUGGCAUGUCGGCCCGCGUCUUCCACUGCCCGCUGAUCGCCUCAAACUCCAACUACGAGCUGGUCGCGGUGGUCGAGCGCCAUGCGGCCCAGAGCAAGAGGCUGUACCCGCAGGUGCAGGUGGUUAGCAACAUCGACGAAUUGCUGGCCAUACCGGACAUUAGUCUGGUUAUCAUUACCACACCUAACGACACGCACGUCUCUUACGUCAAGCAGACCUUGCUCGCCGGGAAGAACUGCGUGGUUGAAAAGCCAUUCACCGUCACUGAGGCAGAGGCCCGCGAUCUGGCCUGCAUCUCGAAAGAGACUGGAAACGUGCUGAGCGUGUUCCAAAACAGGCGCUGGGAUGGCGACUACUUGACGGUCAAGCGGCUGAUGGCCAACAAUGCGCUGGGUGAGGUUGUUGAGAUAGAGAGCCGCUUUGACCGCUUCCGCGCCUUUAAAAAGCAGAACGCCUGGCGCGAAGUGGCCGACUUCCCGGGAAGCGGCAUUCUGUAUGACCUGGGGGCACACUUGUUUGACCAGAUUGUCGAUCUGGUCGGCGUGCCCGAGAUGGUGCGCAAUGAGCGCAAGAUCGAGGGCGCACCCGACGACUCGUUCUUGGUUGUUCUUGACUACCCGUCAAAAAACUUCAAGGCCCUGUGCCGCGCAGGGAUGCUAGUGCGUGACAAGCCCCCGCGCUUCACAGUGCUGGGAAUGCGCGGAACUUUUACCAAAUACGGUCUGGAUGAGGGCGUCACACCAGCCAAUUCAGAGUACGGCAAAGACAAGAAGGAGCAGUUUGGAACUAUCGAUUCCGAGAUCUACCCCGAGCUGCACGUGCGCGGCACAGCCGGGCUCAUUGUCACGCCCGAACAGGCUGCCAACGUCAUCCGUAUCAUCGAGCUGGCCAAGCAGAGCAGUGCUGAGCGCAAGUCACUUCCAUUCUAAAGCCGUUCUCAGCGUUGCACGCUCUGAACAAAACAAUGCACGUGUACCCGCCCAUUAAUGCGGUUGUCGGCCGUACAUAAGGCGAGUAGGAUCUCUCACCCAGAAUUACAUAUUUUUUCCCACUAAUUUUUGUCCUACUUUUGGUCAUGG